AUCUCCUCGCACCCACCACCAAGGCUCCAAUUUCUCAACCUUGCUCCGCGCCCGGCCGCCUUUGCCUGCCUUCCCCAUCUCCUUUUCCCUUCCGCCAUGGCCCAGCCCGCCUUCCUCUCCUCUCUCCGCUCCCGCCUCCGCUCCGCUCCGCCGCCGCCGCACCAUCGCCUCCAGCCCAGCCGCGGCUACCACGCCGAGCUCGGCGCUCGCGAGAAAGCGCUUUUGGAGGAGGAUGUUGCUUUGAAGAGGUUCAAAUCAUACAAGAACAGUGUGAAACAGGUCUCCAAGAUUGGGAAUGCUCUCACUUUUGCUGUUGUGCUUGCUUGCAGCUAUGAGCUUGCUGUUUUCACGAUAAACAGAAAAUGAUGGAAAACACAAUCAUGUGGGAGGGCACAGCUAUUCCGGGAAGCAUAAACGCAUUCUAUCACUUCAUGUUUUUAGCUUCGUUUGUUGUUCGCUCGUACCAUGUAAAAUAAAAGAAACUAGGUUAACCUUGAUUGGCAAAUAACAUUUCUGUUUUUAUGGCCUAGCCGCAAACAAAGUGGCACAAGCAUUCCAUGGUGAAUCGUGAUGAAUGAGCAUCGCCUGCUUUUAUUUACCGCCUGGGAGUGCAUUCUGCUGCGCAUUAUAACAGACGUGGCAUUUGUUGAGGCCUUGUGUUGCCGAAAUGAAAAGUUUUUGGACAUUGUACCA